AUGUUUAAGAGAUAUUUAUUACAAUACCCACGUCAAUUCCAUACGGCAAGACUUCUAAGACAAGAGUUUAAGGAUCCUUAUAAGGUCCUUGGGAUUAACAAGAACUCCAGUCAGUCCGACAUUAAGAAAGCGUACUACAAGCUGGCCAAGAAGUAUCAUCCGGAUAUAAAUAAGGAAGAAGACUCUCAGAAGAAGUUCCAUGAUUUGCAAAACGCGUAUGAAAUAUUAAGCGAUGAAGAUAAGAGGAAACAGUAUGAUCAAUUCGGUGCUGCUGCAUUCAGCCAAGCUGGUGGUGCCGGUGGACCAGGCGGUGCCUAUGGCGGUGCUGGUGCUGGUGGUGCACAAGGAUUCGGAGGCUUUGGAGGGUUCGAUUUCGGUGGAUUGAACUUUGAAGAUCUUUUCGGAAGUGCGUUUGGUGGUGGUGGUGGUGGUGGUGCCGGAGGCAGGAGAGCUGGUUCGCAUGGAGCAGGAUUUGGCGGUUCCGAUUUUGUCCGUGAAUAUAAAGGUGAGAAUGUCACUGUACCAUUCCAAGUAUCCUUCAAAGAUGCCGUCUUCGGUGUGAAGAAUGUCAAAUUGAAUUACCAAUGCUACGAUCCGUGUUCGUCAUGUGAUGGAAGUGGGUUGAAAGCUGGACAUUCGAGAAGUGUUUGUCCUACAUGUCAUGGUACAGGUACUCAGGUACAUGUAAGAGCAGGUUUCCAAAUGGCCUCUACUUGUCAAACAUGUGAUGGUGAGGGUUCAACUAUUAAGGACAGCGAUAAAUGUGGUACCUGUCAUAGCCACGGUUUCAAAUUGAAUUCAAAUAAAACUAUCACCGUAGACUUACCUCACGGACUUCAGGACGGUGACACAAUUAGAGUACCUAACCAAGGUAGUUACCCCGGUAUGGCUAUCGAUCCGUCCAUGAAAUCUGAAUUGCAUUUAACCAGAGGCGAUUUGUUGAUUCGUGUCAGAGUCAGGAAAGACACAAGAUUCCAAGUUUCAAAUAAUUACGACAUCAUUUACACUCAGGAAAUCCCAAUUACAACGGCAGCACUAGGUGGCGUCAUUGAAGUACCCACCGUAGAGGAAGAAAAGAUCAGAUUGAAGGUCAGCUCUGGUACUCAACACGAUCAAGUCAUCAGAAUUCCAAAUAAGGGUGUCCCUCGUGGAGCUAGAGGUGACAGGGGUGACAUGCUUGUCAAGUUCAAGAUUGUUAUCAAAAAACCAAAGGAUGAAACAGAACGUUAUCUAUGGGAGACCUUGGCCCACUUGACCAAUGAUACCACUGCAAGAAGGACCAUUACUCCCUCUGGAUCGUCGGCUAAGGACAACUCUUCCUCUGCUGAUAAAGACACAGUUGAAAACAAUGAAGGAACCAUCAAGAAAUUGGAAAAUUUCUUGUCUAACACUUUAAAGAAGAUCAGAGGGGAAUGA